AAAAGUUACCACACACAAAACAAGGGAACCAGAAAUAAAAAGCAUUCUAAAUUUAAAUACUUUCUUAGCUUUUUCAAUAAUUCUUAUUUUAUUAUCAAUAUAUCAGCAAUGGCAACAAACUAUAAUUUAACCGAUUUGCCCUUUGAGCUACUUGAUAAUGUCUAUGGUCAUUUGGGCUUAAGACAUAAGCUGCUUUUGGCUCAAGUUGAUGAUCAUUUGGGAAAUGCUUUCGCCUAUCAUAGUGGUCCUAUUUACAAGAACUUGAAGGAUAUUAUGAACCUGCAUGUUGGACUUCCCACGGAACUGCUGGGAGUUCUAUUAAAGUACUGUGGACAUACCAUCGUGCAUUUGGACUGGAACAAUCAGUUGGCAAAGCAAAUUGAGCAGUACUGCCCGAAUCUAAAGCACGUUUAUGUUUUUGUGCAGGACCACUCAAUUGAAAGGAUCCAGUCAUUCUUAGAUCAGCGUAAGGAUUCGCUGAUAUCGCUUACAAUUAACAUAGACCGCAAUGUGCCAACAACAAUAUUAAAUGUGGUGGGAAAUAUGACAGCACUUAGGCAACUGAAAUAUUAUGGAUUUGUUGACAACAAUGUUUGCCAAUUAAAGAAUAUUGAAAAUUUAAAAGAGCUAAAAAUCGCUCAUCUUGGAAAAAAAUCAAAACAUAGUUUAAACUUACUGCGAAUUGUUUCUUCGAAAAGCAAACUUCGCAAAUUAACACUGAUAAAUGUCAAUUUACUGCCAAUGAAAGUAAACUGUAAGAAGAUUUGGCCCAACUUGAAGAUUUACAGUGAAGGAAGUUAUAAAAAUGAAAGGGAUAAAGCUUAUAUAUCAUUGUUUAAGGAUAUCAUAUCUUUGCCUAAAGAAAAUGUAUAUUUCGCAAAUAUUUGGACCAAUAAUAUGUUAUCUGUAUGUCCAAUCUGGUGGAGUAUAUAGAUUCAUAAAUUUAAACUUUUAUACUUAUGACGAUUAUGAAGAUUUCUAAAGAAGCCGCUGACACUGAAUAUUUUAUGUUAUACUGCAAACAUUUAUUAUUUAUAAACAUUGAGAAUACUAAAAUAUAAUUAAAUUUAAAUUGUGUUAGUUAAAACGCU